GAAAAAAAACUUUUCAAUUCUCAAAGCAGAGGAAUUUGAAGAGUCUGCAUUUGCAAUAAACAAUAGGAGAUUUUGAAAGCUGUGCCCUAGCCAAUAAAGGAACACUUUGCUCUAGGAGCACUUGGUUAAUUGCUUAGAUUCAAGAGCUGACAUUUAAUGUCAGAAAAACCAAGCAAUUCAACCACCAAAAAAGAGCUCAGUUUUCCAAAGCUAAAACCCUUUCUUUCUUCGAAAAAUGGUCACUAUCCUUUGUAAAAUCCUGUAGCCUACUUUUUAAUGCCUUAUGGCUAAGCAAGUGAAAUCAAAGUAUGAUAAAUGUUGGAUUAGUGAUUUACCAUAUGUUGUUCUCUGUCGCAUAUUAUCAUUUCUUCCCACUGAAGAAGCAGUUCGAACUUCCAUUUUAUCAACCAGAUGGAGAUAUCUAUUUUCAGAGGAUGACAGGAGGGUUAACAGCUUCAUGAACUUUGUCGAUAGGGUGCUGUUCUUCCAUAAGGUGACAAGAAUUGAAAGAUUUCGACUCAGAUGCAGUCAUGGUGUCGACUCUUCUCGUGUAUGGUUGGAUAUCUGCUGCAUUGUGGCACAACAAAUCUAUUCAAGAAUCUACCUAGAAAAAGUACCUUAUUGUCUGUUGUCUCAACUCAAGAAAAUUGAGAUGUGUUCGUUUAGAGGGGAGGAAGAUGAGAUGGAAUUGAUUAAGUACUUCCUAAAGAGUGCUAGAGUUCUGGAGAAGCUUAUAGUUUACUUGAAGGUAGAGCUGGAAACAGAAGAGUUGAAGAUUACCACAGAACUGUUUAAGUUACCAAGGGGAUCAAGCAAAUGUCAAGUCCAAAUUAUCUGAUACUACAUUCUGUUGAUAAGUUUCUCAAUCUUUUUGUUAUUAUGUA